AUGCGCCUGGCCUCCGCCUCUUCGGCGCGCCGCACGGCGGCGAGGGCGGUCGAGUGCACGGAGCUAAGUGCCUCGCCGUCCUCGCGGGAGUCGCUUAGGCGGCUCCAGUGCCAAGGGCGACUACCGCGGUUCGCGCGGGAGAAGAAUUGCGACCUGCGUUUGCUCGACUUCGAGACGUUCGGCGGCUUCGGGAACGGCGUCCGCAAAAUUCUUCGGCAGGCGGCGGACCAGCUGAGUAACAAACUUUCGCACGCUCAGCACCUCGAUGAGGUCACAUGGACCACCAAGAACUGGCACGGGCUGCAGAUGCAGCGCUUGUCUGUCGUCCUCCACACCGCUGUGGCGUGGCAGACGGUGAACGAGCUAGCGUGCGGGGACAGCGGCAUUGUGCACGGUGCUAAGUGCAUUGCCGUUCUUAACGGAGUCGCUUAG